AUGGAUGGAUGGAAUGGAAAAAAGUCGGUGGCUGGUAUUUUGGAGUUUGGUUUGGAUUGCAGCGCGUCGUCUCCACUAGACGGCGAGCCCGCAGGUGCGGAAGGGAAGCUGGCCACUCACGAGAGCUGCCCAGAUGCAUUUGUGCACCCGGCCGCAUAUCUCGAGGCCCGCGCCAUCUCGACCCAAAACAAAGAGUCCUUCGUCUCUGCCCAACCGUCGGCCUGUUUCUAUUCUCUAACGCGCGGAGGAGCGCGUCUGUCGGAUCCAGAGCCGGUCACGAACGAUGCACGAAAACCCACUCUAUUCACACUUUUGCUCACUUGUGCUCUCGAGCCUCAGUGGUUGACUGUCAGGUGUCAGCAGCGUUUCGCGUCUCAGAGCAUCAUCGGCAGCCAGCCGGCAGGCAUGGCACCCAAUCGAUUGUCUAGAGUGGUGACGGCGACACUUCACUUUACAGGCUCUUGGUCGGCUGCCAUGAAAACAUGA